GCUUUUAGAUGAGCAGAAAGAAUUGUUUCUGAAGUCAUUUCCUCAACCAAUCAAAUUUCCUUUAUCACCAGGUGGUGUUGCUUAUCAAAGAACAUAUCCUGCUCCUGACUGGCUACUAGAUUUUUGGUCUUCGCAUGAAAAGGCUCAAUAUCCAUAAUAUUUUGCAUUGCGUGACGUUAGAAAAAAAAGAGUUUAUGGAAAGAUGGGAAAAACAAUACGGAAAGUCAGCCUCUGAAGACUUAAAACAAGAUGAUCAGGAGAUUGGAGGAGAAAAGUCAUGUGACCCAUGCAACCCUCGCCAUUGGCUACAUCGUUACUGCCUGGUACUGAUUCCACUUAGUUUCCUGUUGUUCGGAAGCUAUUUCGUCAACGACAUCCCAGGAGCCUUGCAGGAUGUGAUGGUCCGUGACCUUGAACUCUCAGAGACAGAGUUCAUGGCCUUCUACUCAUUCGAGGCCUGGCCCAACGUUGUGUUGUGUGUCGUGGGCGGCUAUUUGAUUGACCGCUGGUUGGGCGUCAGACUGGGGGCGAUCGUCUUCAGUGUGCUGGUCACUCUUGGACAGGCAAUAUUCGCGCUUGGCAGCUUUAUAAAUAACUACGUGCUGAUGUGUUGUGGCAGAUUUGUCGUUGGAAUCGGAGAUGACUCACUUAGUAUCGCACAGAGCACAUUCGCCACCAAGUGGUUCAAAGAGAAGGAGCUCAACAUGGUGUUUGGUCUUCUGCUCAGUUUCUCUAGGCUGGCCAGCACAGUAGCAAUGAACGUAAUGCAGCCUUUGCAUAACAUGGUGGACCAAGUUGUUCAUGGGUACAAGGGGCUAGGCAUAACUCUGUUCUUAGCUGUGGUUGUCUGCACUAUGUCAGCCUUAUGUGCAGCUAUUUUGUCGUUUUUGGACAAAAGAGCGGACAAAAUAUUGUCCAGAUCCAAAGUUGAACCAGAUGAAAAGAUCAAACUGAAGGACAUUCUAAAAAUACCAAUGACGACCUGGAUAAUGACUUUUAUUUGUGUCACUUUUUAUGUUGGGGUCUUGCCUUUUACCAGUCUAGGAUUGAUGUUUUUUACUUUGAAAUUUGGACUAACCCCAACAACAGCCAGUACCGUGAACAGUUUGGUGUACAUAAUUCCAGCAGUUGCCUGCCCUUUUCUGGGUUUCUGUAUAGAUAAAACUGGCAAAAAUAUUUUCUGGGUCAUCAGUGGCAUAUUGUUGGCCCUGGUCAGUCACAUGAUGCUGGCCUUCACCUUCGUUAACCCAUACAUCCCAAUGGUUGUUCUAGGUUUAUCAUAUUCUGUUUUGGCAAGUGCGAUUUGGCCUCUUGUAGCUUUUGUGGUACCAAGAAAACAGUUGGGCACUGCUUAUGGCAUGUGA